AUGUUAUCUUACUAUCUGGUUCUGAUUUCGGCUUUCAUUGUUCAAGUCCUGGGCCACGGUUCGAAUCGGAAUUCAACCUACCAAAACCCAAUUCUCCCUGGCUUCCACCCUGAUCCGAGUUGCAUCUUUGUGCCAGAAUGGGAUGACACCUACUUUUGUGCCUCCUCGAGCUUUCUCGUCUUCCCAGGUAUUCCUAUUCAUGCCAGCAAAGACCUGCAAAAGUUCAAGUUACUGGGCAAUGUUUUAAAUAGACCGGAGCAGUUGCCGGGCCUUAACACUGCGAAAAGAGCAACCAGCGGCAUAUGGGCUUCAACAUUGAGGUAUAAGGAUGGCACGUUCUACCUCAUCACGACUCUGGUCUACGAUGAUUACCCUAAGAACGCAACCAACAGAUUCGACAACCUUAUUUUUACCACACGGGAUCCCUAUAACUCCAAAUCUUGGUCCGAUCCAGUACAUUUCGACUUCCAGGGGUACGACACUUCUCCUUUCUGGGAUGACAACGGCCAGGUCUAUGUUACGGGCACAUAUGCCUGGGAAGUUCGACCCGGUAUCCAGAUGUUUCCGAUCGAUCUCAAAACUGGAAAAAUGGGGGAAGUCACCAAUAUCUGGAAUGGUACUGGAGCCAGCGCCCCGGAAGGGCCCCAUAUUUAUAAGGAUGGAUUUUACUACCUGAUGAUUGCUGAGGGUGGGACCGGCUCUGGGCACAUGGUGACAAUGGCUCGGGCAACGAACAUCAAUGGUCCCUACCAACCUUGCCCAAGGAAUCCGGUCCUGACGAAUGGAGGCACAGACUCAUAUUUUCAGAACCUUGGCCACGCGGAUUUGUUCCAAGAUGCUUCUGAGAAUUGGUGGGCCGUUGCACUAUCCGUCCGUGAAGGGCCAGAUGGGAGCUAUCCUAUGGGACGGGAAACGGUUAUGACUCCCGUAACCUGGGAUAAAGGAGAUUGGCCGGUGUUCACCAAGGUCACCGGCCAUAUGAAUGGUUGGCAUCUAGAGUCUGGCUCGCCAGUCAGAAAAGGGGAGGGCUCUCUAGUUGAUUCAUCAGCCACCAUAAACUUCAAUCCUAGAUCAUCACUCUCUCCCGAAUUCGUUUAUUGGCGAUUUCCUACUGCAAAUAAUUAUGCCAUAUCGCCCCGGGGGCAUCCAAAUGCACUUCAGCUCCGGUCUUCAAUUUCCAAUCUGACAGGUCACGAUGGACGCUCUGCUGAGCCCCUAGGCCAGACGUUUAUCGCCCGCCGGCAGGUCCACUCCUUGUUCACAUUUAGUACAACAUUUGAUAUCGGAGAGCUUCAGAAGGGUCAAAAGGAGGAACAGGAAGUUGGAGUCAGCGUAUUUCUUGAUCAGCUUCAUCAUUAUGACCUAGGUAUUGUCAUGCUACCUCAAACGGGAGCAAAAACAAAGCGCUCAAAUUCCAACUCACAUGGCCCCGCUGUGGUACCGCACUUCCGUGUCCGAGGCAUCACCACCGUUCCAGAGUUUGUAUCAUAUGAUUUGCCUGCUGUGCCGGUUCCUGAUGAGUGGAUUCGUGACAAUAGCAUCACCUUAGAGAUCGCGGCUCAUAACAUAACCCACUAUGCCCUCUCCGCUGGACCAUCUGGGAGGGGGAAUAACAGAAAAGUCAUUGGAUACGGCAAUGGUCUCGGACUGACUUGGGGGUUUACUGGGGCACUUCUUGGUGCCUAUGCGACUACCAACGGAGGGAAGGGGGAGUUUGAGACAUAUGUAUCGGAUUGGAAGGUCAUGAACUCCCGAUCAUCCUCCGUUAAUGUGCCCACGCCAGGCCUUUUGCGACGACCAUCUGUUGGCUCCCGAUUGUCCUUUGCGGUUUCGAACGCCGAGCUGGGCGAGGCUACAACAACCCCCCACGCCGGAGAGCACCAGAUAGAUGAGGAGAUCGAGAAGAUUAAGAGAUAUGAGGACUUUACAACGAUAGAUUGGGUACAAGAUGCUGCGAAAGAGCAAUUCCGGCGCAAGGUUCGGCGGAAAGAGACGGCAGGUUUCUUCGAAAGAGGCGGACGCGCAGGCUGGAGAUAUAGGAUAUGGCAAUCUUACGAGGCAGCCCAAGGAUGGAUAGUGGUGACUCUGAUCGGUGUUGCCAUUGGUGUCAAUGCGGCAUUCCUCAAUAUUAUAACGGAGUGGCUGUCCGAUGUGAAGCUGGGGUAUUGCACGACGGCUUUCUAUCUGAAUGAGAACUUUUGUUGUUGGGGCGAAGACAAUGGGUGCGACGACUGGCAUCCAUGGACCUCUCUUGCCCCAGUUAAUUACGUGCUGUAUAUUAUAUUUGCUACGAUAUUUGCUCUUACCUCUGCGAGUUUGGUAAAAUCAUUUGCACCAUAUGCUGCCGGAUCGGGGAUUUCAGAGAUCAAAUGCAUCAUAGCAGGUUUCGUCAUGAAAGGAUUCCUCGGGUUCUGGACACUGGUUAUCAAAUCUGUCGCUCUCCCGCUUGCCAUUGCCUCGGGACUCUCCGUUGGAAAAGAAGGGCCCAGUGUCCAUUAUGCCGUAUGUACCGGCAACGUUAUUUCGAGGCUGUUCGCAAAGUACAGAAGGAACGCCGCCAAAACUCGGGAGAUCCUUAGUGCCUGUGCUGCGGCAGGUGUUGCGGUGGCUUUUGGCAGCCCUAUUGGAGGUGUAUUGUUCUCGCUCGAAGAGAUGUCAUCAUACUUUCCCUUGAAAACGAUGUGGAGGAGUUAUUUUUGCGCUCUGGUGGCGACAGCUGUACUUGCGAUGAUGAACCCGUUCCGAACGGGCCAGUUGGUCAUGUUCCAGGUCCGUUACGACCGUUCGUGGCAUUUCUUCGAAGUCAUAUUUUACAUAAUCAUUGGAAUAUUUGGGGGAUUAUACGGUGCCUUCGUCAUAAAGUGGAAUUUAAGAGCCCAGGCAUUCCGGAAGAAGUAUCUCACCAAGUACGCCGUACUCGAGGCGACAUUGCUUGCAACAGGAACUGCUAUCAUAUGCUAUCCGAAUAUGUUCCUUCGGAUAGAUAUGACGGAGAGCAUGGAGAUUUUAUUCUUGGAAUGCGAAGGAGCGGAGGACUAUAAUGGGCUCUGCGAUGCGGAGAACCGAUGGAAAAUGAUCCUCUCGUUGACUAUUGCAACGAUUAUCCGGGUUUUCCUCGUCAUUAUCUCAUAUGGAUGCAAAGUACCGGCUGGUAUCUUUGUGCCGUCGAUGGCAAUCGGGGCUUCAUUCGGGAGAACAGUUGGAAUUUUGGUGCAAGCUCUCCAUGAGGCAUACCCAGCUUCAGUGCUGUUUGCGGCUUGUGAGCCGGAUGUUCCUUGCAUAACGCCCGGGACUUACGCCUUCCUGGGAGCAGCUGCCGCCCUGAGUGGUAUUAUGCAUCUUACAGUAUCAGUCGUGGUUAUAAUGUUUGAGCUUACUGGGGCUCUGACUUAUAUCCUGCCAACGAUGAUUGUAGUUGGUGUUACCAAAGCAGUCAGCGAACUCUUUGGAAAGGGAAGCAUAGCAGAUCGAAUGAUCUGGUUCAGCGGCUUUCCGUUCCUGGAUAACAAGGAAGAGCAUACAUUUGGCGUGCCGGUGUCUCAUGCCAUGACGAGUGAUGUCGUUGCCUUACCAACAACGGGUCUUAGUCUGCAGAACUUGGAGCAAUUACUGAGCGAGGAUAAAUACCAAGGGUUCCCUAUCGUGGAGGAUCAGGCUUCUAAGAUACUUGUUGGGUACAUUGGGCGUACUGAACUCCGCUACGCCGUUGACCGUGUCAAAAAGGACCGCUCCAUUAGUCCCAACGCAAAAUGCUAUUUCAGUCCCCCCACGUCACUUAACUCCGCGAUGCCAACAACACCCGGCCCAGUCGUCACAUUCGAUGGAAUGGAAUCCUCAUCUGUGGAUUUCAGCCGCUUCAUCGACUCGACACCGGUCACAGUACACCCUCGCCUCCCUCUAGAGACCGUCAUGGAACUCUUCAGGAAGAUUGGCCCCCGAGUUAUUCUCAUCGAGCACCGCGGGAAGCUCACCGGCCUCGUGACUGUCAAGGAUUGUUUGAAAUAUCAAUUCAAAGUCGAAGCGAGCGAGAACCCGAGGGAUGAUAGGCAUCUAAUUGAGAGUCAAGAACGGCUCUGGGGUGUAUUAAAGAAGGGGGCUAUUUGGGUGUCGGAUCAGGUUCAUCAUGUUUCGAGGGGAAGGAUUCGCAUUGGAGAUGGACCACAGGAGGAGUUUAUGAGGCCUUCUCCGAGAGGACUUCCGGAUCCUACGUCGUAUAUGAUGGAUGGGACUGAGGAUGGCGUUGACGACGAGGUGGAAUUAGAAGAUCGGUAA